GAAAAAGGAACCUUUUGAGGACUUGAGGAGACAUUCGCCGGACGCAAUUCGUCUUUUAAUCGUUUAUUAUAUUAGAUAAAUCAUGAGAGUGUUUCUGUUCUUGCUUUUCUGCAGUUUGAUGGGUGGCAUCUCUGCUGCCACAGCUAUAUCAGUUAAAUUAGAAGCAGACAAACCCUCAGAGAUAGCCAAGGAGUUUGAAACUGCUAAGCUGAAAUGCUGCUACCAAAGCGAAUCUAAAGAUGUAUUUUGGGUGAAGAGCGAUGCAUCCUCUCAGAAUGCCAGGGUGCCCCUAAAUGAACGUGUGUUUCAAAACAACACUGAGUCCGAAGGCAUACAGUGCAGCAGGCUAACCCUAAAGCGAGCACGGAUGACAGAUACUGGGUUUUACCAGUGCUCUCUUUACGAAGGCAAAGUCAUGACGCACGGCACCUACUUGCGGAUCUCCAAGCCUAUGGAGAAGACCAUAAACCUCAGUGAGAGCACCAAAAACAAGAUCCUGACAGUUGAAGGAGUCUUGCUGCUGCUGUGCGUUAUCAUUCCUUCAGCCUCUCUUUUGCUCCAGUCACAGAGCCUACAUAGACUGGAGAUGAAAAAAAUGAAACAAGAAGAGGAGAACAUAUAUCAGGGGCUGAAUCUGGACGACUGCUGCACAACAUAUGAUCAGAUUGAACGCUCCCAGUCACAGGGCCAGUACCAGGAUGUGUGCAAUGCUAUGGAAGAAAAGGAAGAAAUCGUUCUGGAGAAACCAUGAAUGAAAGCAGACGAAGGGUGGAAACAGGGAAUCUAUUUCUGGAUUUGUGGGAAAUGUGAUUGGAUUAUGCCAUACAAUGGGUUGUUUGAUUGCAGCACAGCGUUUUGAACAUGGCAGCUAUAUUUUAGCCUCUAAGACUCAUAUUGCCUAACUACUUUCAGCCAUUAGAGAUUAUGACAACUGUUGACGAAACAGUCUUAUCACAAUCAGGAUUGUAGCAAGGAUUCCAGUAAUACCAAUCGAAUGAUAACUGUACAUAGCAACUUUAACAAUGGGUUUUCAAGUUUUUCAUUUAAUUUAAGGCAUUCCAGAUUUAAAAAUGUAAGCUC